CUUCAAAAUGGCGGUCGAUUUGAAGCUAAUUUCUGAAACCAAAGUAAACAAAUGCUUAACAUUCGGUAUUUUUAACGGUUUUCGAUACCGUAUUAAGUCAGUCCUUAGCGUUGGGGACAACAGACUAAGAUUAGACGAUUAACGAUUCGUUAAUCUGAUAAUUUUUGCUCGAAAAAAGAAGAAAAGGCGAGGUGUUAACACGUAAUUGUUUUUCGAUGAACGAAGUCUUGCCGAUCAUACACCUUACAAAUGAUGAAACUCAACUAGAUUAAAACCUUUGAACAUGGCUCAAGAUGAGGAUACCGACGGUCAUGAGCAAGCUGUAACCGAAAAGGGAAAAGAACAAGCAGCAAAGGCAACAACAAAARCACAACUCGCAACGACCUCGUCCAUUUCUAUCCUGACCGAGGGCAUUGCAAAACAUGUAAGUCAAGAAUUAUCUGUCGCUCCUAUCAAUGAAGAAAUCAUUGUCCCCGUCAAAAGAGAAGAAGCUUGUUCUGCGAGGAGUGAUCACUUAUUGGCCAACGCAUCGCCAGCUCGAGCCGUUUCGUCACAAAYACCAAAAGAACUCCAUCAACAAUUUCGUCUCCUUCAUAGUCAAGAACUCAUCAGACGCAUACUACAAUCCACCGGAGUUUUACCCAAUAAUUUAGCACAAAAUAAGAGUUUUGAAGCUACUUCGCCCGUUAAAAAGGAAGAAAAUCAAGACAGCGCAAUCAAAGAAGAGACUGUUGCUAAGGCUGAAACAACUAUCAGCCAAAAAGCUGCAAAGACCUUGAACAAGCCUGAUACAAAAGAACAAAGACCUAAAGAUUUCUGUGAUAAUUCUUUAGAGUGCAAAAAGUCCCAAAAUCAAGAGGAAAAAAAGAGGGAAGAGGUGACAGAUAUGGAGAGUGAUACCUCAUUUGUUUGUAGCGUGUGUAGYUGCAGACAAGAUGGUGGAGAUCUCAACACUUCUACAGGCACUUUCUCAGUUAAUUCACUUGACACAAUUGGACCACAAGUUAAKAUGACAAAACAAGCCAUUGUGAAUCCUCCGCCAUUGGCUGUUCCUUCAAAAGUGAAGAAUAAAGGGAGUCCAAAUGUUGAGGAACUCUCAGAAAGACUGCAUAGACAACCAAGUCAUGAGAUGCUUGAUGAAAUACUAAGGCUGUUACAAAAUCAAGCACAACACAUGCAAGCAGGUGACARUGAAAAGGAUGAAAACCAGAACUCUGUAAAGAAGACUAUAACAAGACCCAUGGAAACAUUGCAGCAGACCAAUGUUAAGAAUCCUUUGGAAAGUCUCUAUGAAGAUGAGUCUAUUCUGGAAGAUGAAUGGAAGCAACAACAGCAAAAGUUAAUGAUGAUGAGAUCAAGGCCAAAUCUACGUGAAAAGCACUCCCGUCAACUAACAGACAUGAAAAAUUAUUAUGAGAAUGAAAUAGGUAAGCUACGAGACCAACUGGAACACCUCAGAGGGAACCUGUCCAACCUUCAAGAAGCCAUCCCCCUUAAGAUGCUUGAAUCUGCCAAUCAAAAGCUGGAGUCUCGGUGUCACCUCAUGGAGGAAGUUGUUGAUGAACUAAAGACAAAAUGUCAAAAGCUAGAACAAAAAAAUGGGGAGCUUGAAAAGUCUUGUCAGGAAUUAAGAGAGACCAAUGAAGCUCUUGAAAUGAGAUGCAUCUUCCUUCAAAAGUCAUUUCAAGAUUCAGAAGAAAAACAAACUGAGCUCAUAAACAAGAACAAAAUUUUAGAAUCUAAAGCUCUUCACUUAACAAAAGUAAAUGAAGUAAACACAAAGAACUGUAAGCAGCUUGAGGAGGCGAGUAAAACCUUUGAGAAAGCUUGCAAGCAGCUGGAGGAAUCUAAUGAGAAGCUUGAAGUACGGUACAGAAAAUGCAAGGAAGAAAACUUGAAGUUGUCUGCUGAUGUGAGAGACCUACAGGGAUCGCUCCAGACAUCCAGAAAACAUACUGAAGAGCAAAAAAUUGUAGCUGAAGCACUAGAGAAAGAAAAGACUGAUUGGGCAUUGAAACUAGACCUUGCACAAAAGAUGACCAAAGGGGCACAAAGUAGAUAUGAAGAAAUGAAAAUAGAAAAAAAUGAGAAAGAAACAACUAUAAACAAGAUGGAAGAACAAAUGGCAAUUUUGACUGCUUCAUGUGAAAAUGCAGCCAAGACCAAGUCAGAGCUUGAAGAAAAUGCUGAACGUGAUAGAGAAUUAUUGAAAAGGCUGCUGACAGAAUAUGAUGCAUUAGUCAAAGAAAACCAAAAAUUAAAGGAUUCUGUUGGUUCAUUGACAAAUAAAUUUGACAUUUCACAAGAUGAGAUUAAUGAUCUCAGAGGCACAAUCAACACUUUGAUUCAUCGCAACACAAAUCUGGAGGAAUCACUCAAGGAAACUCUCUCUCGUAGUGUUAAUAAAUCAACACCUGAGACUGGACCUCGCAAGACUUGGGAUUCACCUUCAACUUUGAAACAACCACAGUAUGUAUCACAGCCAUCCCUGUCUAYCUUUGACUCUAUAUUUGAUGGUUCGAGUACCGCUAUUAAGGAUGAUGACAAUGAAGCACAACAGUCCACUACUCCACCCAGUGUCAAGUUUGAAAUUCCAUGGGAGAGACCAAAGUCCAGUACUCCAACUAAGAGCACUGCCAAACGUAAUUUAGACAAGUCCUACAACAAACCCUCACCUAAUAACCUUGUCGUCAAGAAAUCUGACUUGGUCACCAGAUUUGAUGUUGUCUUUGAAGACAGUGAAUCAGGAGCUGAGGUUAAAAGGACACAUACUGGCAGGACAAGUCGAUCCCAAGGGGAGUCCCCCACAUCAAUAUUUGUCUCCAAUUCAGUUACUGAUGUAAAUGAAUCCUCUUCAUCAAACCGCAUGGUGUCAAAUGCUGCUGAAGCUGCUUUGACUGCUCUUAAAUCAGGCCGAGUGGUAUCACAGGGGGACUGGGAAGGAAGUAAGAAUACUAAGACAAGAAAGGAAAAGAAGAAUGAAAAAAAGAAAACACGUCAGUCAAAACCUGCACAUUUGGAUGAUACAGAAAGAAGUGACCGUGAGAACGAGGUGUCUAAACUCGAACGAAAGUUUUCAUCAUUAACRGAGGAAAAGUUGAGGCUUGAGUCAACAUUAAGCCGUAUACCCACACACCGUGUCACAAAGCGCUCAAAGGAUGACAAGGCAUUCCUUGAGAAUAGAUUGGAUGAAGUCAUUCAGGAUAUUGGUUCAGUACGGAUGCAAUUACGACAGCUUCAUGCCCUGUGAAUCAUUUAUUGUAGAUAGAAAAAUAUAUAUUUAUUGCUUGACUUUUGGUGUAUAUUGUGAUGUUUUUCAAGCGCCAGUCCAAACAUGAAUGUAUUUAAAGUUUAUCUUAUAAUCCAUCUUACAUUGAGUACUAAAUUUAGUGAUUAUGUAAAGAAAGUACAGACCUGACACAUUCAUACUAAAUAAAACUCUUUAUUUGAAUGCA